AUACUUCCUACACGCGUGAGAACGUUUCUACUCACACCAUGAAAGGAGAAAUGUACUAUGUUUGAAAAGACACUACCACCACUCGUGCAUUGCCUAUUCACUGCCAUUCACUGCUAUUCAAGAUGGAGAGAAAACGACGUACGUCUUCCGUAAGGUGGUUGUAAACAAGACACUCGUUCAAGUCGAGAAUUUCUCAGCAAUAAGAAUAGCAAGUAAUGAAAAAUGGCAAAAUCUGUGCUGAGCUCUGAUACGCUGCCCAAAGCUGGUCGAGUGAACGAAGUUUGUCGAGAAUGGCUAGUGCACGAAGACGGAGCCCUCGCCUAUCGACUUCAGGAUGAGGAAAUCAGAGAACACUACACUGGCAACAAAGUUCGUAAUGCUCAAGUUAGGGAGGAUUUACCAAGGGCACGUGUUGAACAGGAGUUGGAAACAUUAAAGUACCAGAGCUACGUUCAACAACAGGAGGAACGAGAUGCGCUGAUAGCAAAACAGGUUGCGCUCUCUUUAGAACGGGAAGAGAAAUUGAAAGAACGGGAGUUACAGGAACGGAUGAGAUUGCAGUUAAGAUUGGACGACGAGGCAGCACAGCUUGAAAUUAAACGACACAUUCAAGAAGAGAAAGACGAGGAAUUGGCAAGAAAGUUGCAGCAGCUGGAGGAAGAAAAUGCCACGGACAAUCCAGAAGGGCCUGUUGACGAGCAGUUUUUGCAGGAUCAAAAGAUAGCAAUGGAAGCACAAGAUGCUGAACUGGCGCGCAUGCUUCAGGAAAAAGAACGUGCGAAGGUCAGGAAGGCAAGAGAGAGAGCAAGGCAAAGAAAGUUAGAACGACAGCUUCAAAAACUAGAGGAACAAAAUCUAACAGAGAAGCCACAGAGACCAGACAAACUGGAUUUGAAAAGUACACCGAGUAAGAGCAGAAUGCCGUAUACACUAAAUUGCCAGCAGUAUCCUAAUCCUGAGGAAAUACAAACUCUAGAUGAUCCUGUUGAAACUGUGCGAGAAGUACCGAAUGUAGCUGCAAUUAUUGAUCCUACAUACAACGGAACACAUCGCCAUACUUCUAGUAGUUCAAGCAGCACAGUUAGUCCCACGUAUGCUUUACCCACGCCACCACAAGAGCUUAUGAACGAGGAUGCUCCUUGCUAUAUGCCCAUACAAGGACAACGACGAAAUCAAAUUCAGUCUCCGUCCCAAGGUCAUGAGGAGAAACACAAGCGUAGAGUUAAGGAUGGUUGCAAACAACAAUAGAUAAUCCUUAACACUUUAACUUUUCAGAAUUUAUAAUCUUAGAAAAGGAUUUUCUAAUACUUCUAGAACAUUUCGUUAAUAUCAAAAGCCUUGUCUGUGUCCUCAAAUCAAGCAUUAUAAGCUAGACAACGAAGAUUGAUAGGCUCUGAAAGUUGAAGGUUGAUAGAUGCUGAAAUUAAAAAAACUUACAUAAAGCGUUCAGUUUCAUUUACUGAGACGUGCUGUCAGUUUUUUGUUGUUGUUGCCAUGAAGAAGUAGUAUAAGUUAUUUAGAAAUUAAGAAUUACUUUGCGAACAAAUUCAUAAUUAUUCUGAUUUUCUUCUUGAGACAGUAACUCUUUUUCAUGUCCUGUAAAAAAUAAUAAUCCUUUGUAUAGCAUAAGUGCGAACGUGCCUUUUGGAAGAAUAUAGUGCAAGGAAGAUCUAUAAAUCUUGAACAAGAUCUGUCUUUUGCUACAAAUAGUUCAUAUCAAAUUCAAGUACGAUAAUACUUGUACUAAGAUAUUGUAUAGAUUUUUAUGAGAAACUAAAUAGGAGAUUAGACAAUCAGAAUUAAGGAUACAAUAAAAUAAGCAAACAAUGUACAAAGAUUGACCGCUUAGGCUAAAUACAAAAUGAAAUAAUUUAGUUGACGCAGACUUUAUAUUUUACAUUCUAAAAAAAAUUUAUUAUAGAUCUAUUGUACAUAAAAAUUAUGCUUGCUUUUUAGAAGGAAAUGCUUUUUUUCUAAAUAUUUAAGGUACAGAUCAAAGAAUAAUUUACUGCCAAAGAUAACGUUAGUAACGUUCAGUUUGUACCAGACGAUGAAGUUAAGUAUUACCAAGAGAAAAAAUCCAUUUUGAGAGAAAUGUGAAGUUACAAAUACGUGCUUUAAUAUGCUGCUUAACACGUAGAAUAAAUAUUUUUUAAUAAACUGUUACAGUUCAAAGUUGUAGAGAACUGUGCGCAUGUAUUGAUAAUCUUUACAAGAUUUUGCUUUAGCUGGAAAUUGUAAGUUUGAGAAUAAAUUUAAAUAUAGUCUGUCUUAACCUAUAUAUGAAUUAUACUCACAAACGUAUGCACGUUCAGUUUGUUUGCAGUAUUAUUUAAUACUGCUUUAGAAUUUAAACGACUUAUUAUUUAUGGUGACUGGAAAUUUAUUCGAUAGAUAUAUGCAUUAAUUCUUUUUUUACAUUUAUUGUAUGAAUACAGCUAUACACGAGUAUAUCAAUAAAUUAUUUACAAAGUUA